ACACGCCACACUCCCUCCGACUAUAUACCUUUUCUACUGCUCCUGCACCCGCCUUCUUCGCCACCUGUUCGCUCCUGCUCGCAGGCAGUUUGGUGCUGGUGCUAGCUGUCGGGAAAAGGGGAUUACCUCAGAGAGUCAUGGCUUCCCCGGGCAAGCGCAGAGAGACUGACCUCAUGAAGCUCAUGAUGGCAGACCACGAGAUUCAGAUGGCAGAUGGGGACCGCGUCGGCGAGUUCUACGUCAAGUUUCACGGACCCAAGCAAACUCCGUACGAGGGAGGAGUUUGGAAAGUCCAUGUAGAGCUGCCGGAGACCUACCCAUACAAGAGCCCAAGUAUUGGUUUCAUCAACAGAUUAUACCACCCCAACGUCGAUGAAAUGUCUGGAAGCGUGUGCCUGGACGUGAUCAACCAAACGUGGAGCCCUAUGUACGACCUAACUAACAUUUUUGAAGUCUUCCUCCCGCAGCUUCUGACCUAUCCAAACCCGACCGACCCUCUCAAUGGGGAGGCUGCGGCCCUUCAGAUGCGGGAGCCAGACCGAUACAAACAAAAAGUGCGCGAGUACGUGCAAAGAUACGCCAAGCCCGAGGACUUCCCAUCUGGGUCCGCAGACGACGAGGAGGAUGACGACGACGCCUCCAGCUUCUCCAUGACGGAUUCAGAAGGAGAGGAUGACGUGCCGCUGCCAGGUGAUGUGGGCGCUUCUAAUCCGGCCGGUGCGCCGGCGGCUGACGGGCGGCAUCUUUAGCGAUGGCACGCGUUUUUGGUUUGAUUGUACAUGGAUGAGGACUGUGUGUGGGCCAGAGAUAGAAGCGGAUGUUGUAGCGCUUUGGUUUUGUAUUAUAGAAGAGCAUAGUGGAAUAUGUUUCUGUGUCUACAAGAGCCCCUUGCGUUUGGUUUUGUGAGCGUUUGUUUUGACAAGCGGCGAAGCGGCGAAGGCGAGAUGCGAGAUUGAGUCUGUGAGUAUGGCUUGGGCUAUGUGGGGAUGGGAAAGUCGCGUGAGCGCAAUGAUUCGGCUGUGUAGAAAUGGGGUGAUAUGAGCAGUUGUUCUCGGGCGAGGCGUGGAGGCUCGGGAAGGGGAGGGAUGCGGAAUGGAUUCAUGACACGAACGCACGAGAUUUUCCCAUAAAUUACGAGAUAUAUCCUUUCCCUC